AUGAAAAACAAUUUGAAGUUGGAAAGAACUUCUCUGUUUUCGGUGCUCAUGGUCAUGGAGAGAAGUUGUUUCCUCUUGUCAAUCACCUUCUUGCUGGUGCUGCAGCUGCAGUACAGUUCUAUAGGCACAGUGGGUGCAGCACAAACCAACAUCACCACGGACCAGUUUGCUCUUCUUGCUCUCAAAUCCCAUAUCACUAGUGACCCUCACAACAUCUUGGUCAAUUGGUCAACGACCACCUCCGUUUGCAAUUGGGCUGGCGUUGUUUGUGGUGCUCGUCACCUCAGAGUAGCAUCAUUGAAUCUCUUGUACAUGGAUCUCACAGGCACCAUUCCACCAUACUUAGGCAACCUUUCAUUUCUUGUUGAGCUGGACUUAAGAAACAACAAUUUUCAUGGCACCCUGCCCCAUGAAUUGUCUUAUUUGUGUCGCCUCAAGUUUAUUAGCUUCAAAUUCAGCAAUUUUAUGGGAUAG